UUCAGUCUCUAAUUGAGACCUAUAAUACCAUAGACUUGUAUGCAUUGAAACAACAUAACAAAAAUACAACAAAAAACUGUAUUAAUUGAUACAUACAUACAGUAAUCAUUGAUUUUGGCUGAUUAUCACCAACUAAUUGAUCCGUUCAACCCAUUUGGGUGUCAAUUAUCCAAUUGUUGACAAUUAGUACUACUGUUCAAUAGUUAACCGAUAAAAAUGGCCGAAUAUUUGGCCUCAAUUUUUGGCACCGAAAAGGAUAAAGUCAACUGUUCAUUUUACUUCAAGAUCGGCGCCUGUCGUCACGGUGACCGCUGUUCCCGAAUCCACAAUAAGCCUACUUUUAGUCAGACAUUAUUAUUGCAAAACUUGUAUCAAAAUCCACAAAACAUUGCCGGCGGUGACAACGAUAUUGUGGCCGCCGGUCGAGUCUUGACCGACGAAGAAGCUCAGGAGCACUUCGAUAAUUUCUUUGAAGACGUAUUUAUCGAGUUAGAGGACAAGUACGGAGAGAUUGAAGAGAUGAAUGUUUGCGACAAUUUAGGCGACCAUUUGGUCGGUAAUGUCUACGUAAAGUUUCAUCGCGAAGAAGACGCAGAGAAGGCUGCAAUGGAACUCAACAACCGAUGGUUCGGCGGUCGACCCAUUUAUGCCGAACUCUCACCCGUUACCGACUUUCGAGAGGCCUGUUGUCGUCAAUACGAAAUGGGAGAGUGUACAAGAAGUGGUUUCUGUAAUUUUAUGCAUUUGAAGCCCAUAUCUCGUGAAUUGCGGCGCGAACUUUAUGGCCGUCGAAGAGCAGCCGCUAUAGAACGACGUCUGGCCAGUUAUGCGGGUCGAUCGCGAUCACGAAGUUUGUCACCAGUUGCUCGUCGCCGAAGCAGAAGCCGUGAACGUAAACAACGUCGAAGCGCUUCCCGAGAGAGACGCGAACAACGAGAACCUAAACGUUCGGGAAGUAAGGAGAAGGAUAAAGAGCGUCGUCGGAGUCGGGAUAGAGAACAUCGGAGACGGGGAUCAAGGGAUAGGGAGGACAGGGAUCGGGAUAUCAUUAAUGAACACAACGGUCGCUAAUAAAACAUUUACCGAUAAUAAUACUAAUGACACAAAAAAAUUGUCAUUAAAUUUCAUUUUAAGUAAUUUUUAUAUUAAAUCAUUACAUCAAAUACUAUUUAGUACUAUUUA